CGCUACCGUCACCGGAGCGCGCCAGGAUGCCUCAGAGCAGCGAUGAGCGCGCCGUGGAGCCGGCGGCCGAGCCGGAGCGGGACGCCCCCCUGCCGGCACACAAGGCGGACGUGCGCCGGCCCGACUCGCUGGCGUCGCUCAGCUCGCUCGGCUCGCUCGCCUCCUCGACUGACUCCGGCGGAGGGUACAAGCGGGAGCUGUCCCUGACCUCGCUGUCGUCGGUGCUGACGGAUGAUGACGUCACGACGCCAGUGUCGGGCGAGUCGGAGGACGAGGACAGCGGCCUGGAACUGGUGCUGCCAUCUGCGCGCCGUCGCUCCGGCUCCGAGGAGCCGAAAGACGCGCUGCCGGAGCUGAGGGAGGAGCAGGAGGAAGCGGGUCGCGAUGAGGAGGGGCCGGGGCAGCAGGCUGAGGGUCACGAGCGCGAGUUGGUGACGACCAGACCGUCGCUGGUGGAGCGUCCCGCCAAAGAUGAGCAGGAGAAACAUCAGGAGCAGAAGAAGGAAAUCCGACCCUACAACCAGGAAACGUUCGAAAUGGCUCCACCGAGGGUGGAGUUUUUCGUCAACCUGGCCAUGAACGUGCUGAAGGGCGUGGGACACUUUAAAGAGUACGUGUCGCCGCCCAGCGACCGGGAGCGGGGUCGUGAGGGCUACACGCCGCUGUACCGCACGGACGACUUCGGCGGCUUCCACGCGCGCAACAUCUUCCGGCGCUGGCAGGACUGCUUCUGCAACCCCAUCGACUCGGCGGCUACCAACAUGGUGUCUCUCAUGGAGCGCAGCUUCGAGGACAAGCUGUCGUCCCGCUUCACGCUGACCGGCCGUUCCCAGCCCUACAUCAACCUGGGGUCGUACAACUACCUCGGCUUCGGCGGGCUCGGGCCCUGCGCCGACCAGGCAGAAGUCGCCACCGGUCACUUCGGCAUAGGCGGUGCCACCGUGCGCCAGGAGGUUGGCACACAGCGACUGCACGUGCAACUGGAGGCGCUGGUGGCGGAGUUUCUGGGGACCGAGGACGCCAUCACCUUCGGCAUGGGCUUUGCCACCAACUCGACCAACAUCCCGAGCCUGGUUGGGCCGGACUGCCUGGUGAUCAGCGACAAGAUGAACCACGCGUCUAUCAUCCUCGGCAUGCGACUGUCGGGCGCCAAGAUACGGGUGUUCGCGCACAACGACAUGGCCGACCUCGAGCGCCAGCUGAUCGUGGCCAUCACCGAGCAGCGCAACUGGCGCAAGAUUCUGAUCGUCGUGGAGGGCGUGUACAGUAUGGAGGGCUCAGUUGUCCUCCUGCCGGACGUUAUCCGGCUGAAGCGCAAGUACGGUGCCUACCUGUACCUGGACGAGGCGCACAGCAUCGGCGCCGUGGGAGCCACCGGCCGCGGCGUGGUCGAGUACUACGGCUGCGACCCGGCUGACGUGGACAUCAUGAUGGGCACCUUCACUAAGAGCUUCGGCGCGGCCGGCGGCUACAUCGGCGGCAGCCGGCGCCUGGUGGAGCACCUGCGCGCGCACAGCCACUCGGCCGCCUACGCACUCACCAUGCCGCCGUGCGUCACGCAGCAGGUCAUCUCCUCCAUGGAGAUAAUAAUGGGGCGCGACGGCACAGACACGGGCCGCCGCAAGAUCGACACGCUGGCGCGGAACUCGCACUUCUUCCGGCAGCGGCUCAAGCAGCUCGGCUUCAUCGUGUACGGCAACGACGACUCGCCGGUGGUGCCGCUCAUGUCGUUCUUCGUGAGCAAGACCGCGGCGCUCUACCGCCGACUGAAGGAGCACGGCGUGGCGGCGGCCGUCAUCGCGUACCCGGCCACGCCGAUGACGGCGGCGCGCGCGCGUUUCUGCCUGUCCGCCUCGCACACGCGCGAGCAGCUCGAGUACGUGCUCAGUGCCGUCGACAAGAUCGGCGACGAGAUCGAGAUCAAGUACAGCCAGGAGCCGCCGCGCGUCGAGCAGGUGGUGUACUAGACGCCGUUGGCAACGGCGAGCCCACAUGACCACUGGACCGAAGAUGAAGACAAGCGUCACGCCGAGCCCUGUUCGGAGCAGGUGGACCGUGCUGCUACCUUCCGUUCUGUUGCUUCCCUGCUCACGCUAGUAAAGCGCAAGCAGCAAUACAUCUUGCAAUGCCUUU